AUGAGCACUCCUCCUGGAAAUGCAUGCAACGUUGCGGCGAUGCUCAGUCCAACGGGUUCUGGACAAAACUUUGAUAACGAUUAUUCUCAUAUUCCUGGAAAAAAUAAGUCGUCUUCAGAGAAAAUCAAUAUCUCAGAAGGGCAGGUGGUCGACGAGCCCCCUGACGGUGGUUAUGGUUGGGUUUGUACGUCAGCUGCGGCUGUCAUCAACGGUCACUCGUGGGGGUUCAACUCGGCGUAUGCCGUGUUCCUGGCAUACUACCUCGAUCAUGACACCUUCCCGAAUGCAUCACCGCUCAAAUACGCCUUUGUUGGGAGUCUGAGCCUCGCGUUUCUUCUGCUUACAUCUCCCAUCGCGACAUUAUCGGUCACAAAGUAUGGCAUCCGGCCGACUAUGCUAUGCGGCGUUGUUUUCGAAACGGCCAGUCUACUACUGGCAAGCCUUGCGUCAGAGAUUUGGCACUUAUUCUUGACGCAAGGCGUAUUGUUCGGCAUAGGUCUUGGACUCCUCUUUAUCCCGACCGCAGCUGUUGUUCCUCAAUGGUUCACGACAAAAAGAUCCCUUGCCAGCGGUAUAUCUCUGUCAGGAGCUGGCUUAGGAGGAGCUGUAUACUCUCUGGCAGCAAGUGCGAUGAUCCGUAACCUGGGUCUCCAAUGGGCGUUCCGAAUCUUGGGCGUCUUGGCCUUCUGCGUCAACACGAGUUGCACCAUCUUGAUACGCGAUCGAAAGAAGGCGACUACUUCGAAACAGUCUGUUUUCGAGAUCAGCCUUUUCAAAAGGAAGGAAUAUCUUCUACUCAUCGGCUUCAGUGCGUUCACGAUGCUGGGGUACUUCAUUCUCAUUUUCAGUCUCGCGAACUUCGCAAUGGAGAUCGGGCUACGACCGUCCGAGGCUGCUAUUAUCAGUGCUCUCUUCAACUUUGGUCAGGCCAUUGGUCGCCCUCUGAUCGGGUACUUCAGCGACGGUUUUGGGAGGAUGAAUAUGGCUGCUUUGAUGACUUUUAUCGCCGGAGUACUUUCCCUCGUCGUCUGGGUCAACGCCAGAACUUAUGGGGUCUUGAUAUUCUAUGCGAUCAGCGAAGGCUUGGUUGCCGGAAACUUCUGGGCUACAAUUGCGCCCUUGAUGGCUGAGGUUUUGGGGUUAAACCAGGUUCCUUCCGGGUUGAAUCUCAUGUGGUUGAGCAUGGUGCUACCCUCUACGUUCAGCGAGCCAAUUGCACUCCAGAUAGUCUCAGGAACCGGCAGUUAUCUUGGCGCACAACUGUUCACUGGGUUUAUGUACAUUACGGCAGCCUUUUGUAUGACUCUACUCCGGGGAUGGAAGGUGAGGUUUGAAGAGCCAGACUCACCAGCAACUGUCGAAAGCAGGAACGGCGAUGAGGAGAAGAGUCCGAGAGCUGAUUCAGGAAAUCUUCAUGAUAAGCCUCUGGUUAAAGUACAGCUGUUGGCAGUUCUUCUGGCUUGUUUGAGGUGGAAGAAGGUUUGA